GUGGUUUGUAAAGUGCACUCUCGUGGAACAACGGGUGGUAGUGGCUGCUUGGAAGAGAGAGAGUGCAUUGUGCAAGGCAAACAGAAAAGUGACUUCAUUCAGUCACCCACGAAAAGCGAAGGAACAAGUGCAUUGUGUAGUGUGUUGAAAAAUGGCGGCGCAUCGGAACGCGCGAGAGUGAAGCGAUGCGGUCUCUUGUGAUCAAAUUUUUAACCCCAAAAUUCAACCAAAGUGACUGGGUGAGUGAGGCCUCAUUAACGACAACUCUUUCGCCCAAAUGACAUGGGAAUUUGCAGCAGAAGACAUUUCCUACUGACAAUAUGCACUCUGCAGCUUCUAACCACCAUAGAGCGACAAGUCUUCGACUUCCUGGGGUUUAUGUGGGUGCCGAUACUGGUCAACUUCUUCAACAUCAUUUUCGUGAUCCUGGGAUUUUUUGGAGCCUUUCAAUACCGGCCUAAGUACAUCAUAUCUUAUUGUGUAUGGAACACACUUUGGUUGGGAUGGAACAUAUUUGUAAUAUGUUUCUACGUCAGUGCAGGGAUGUUGGACAAGAAUAGUGAUAUUCUGAAUCUUGGGACUGGCAGCUUUUCGUGGUGGCAGGUAAAUGGUCCAGGCUGUAAAGCAAGUUAUGAUAUUACUGAACCAGAACUAUUUAGACCUGCGAGACCUGCCAACGUAACUGGUUGCAUUUUGGAAUACGAAGUAAUUGAAAUUUUACAUGCAUCCACCCAAUGCCUUUUAUCCAUCAUAGCAGUCGUAGGUGGAAUUUGCCUUAGUCGAGUUUUUCUCGAAGAAGACGAUAGCUUUGACUUUGUCGGAGGUGGUGACUUUGGUUUGGCAGGCCACACGGCGUUGCAUCCCAUGUACGUUAGCUACUCGGCUCUUCCACCACCUGCCUACUCUCAUAAAAAUUCUAAUCAAAACUUCUCUUCCGGCACAACUAGUUCGCAUCAGUCAACUUUUACCAAACCCAGUGAAAAGCUAAUUAGUAGCAUAGGUCGUGGUAGACAUAUUUUUCGAAACGAAACGAUCAGAAGCAAUCGAAGCAAUCAGAAUUUUGAGCACGUAGAUUAUGAGAAUGACUAUUCAAAUCCAGUGGAUCACUUGCAACGGCCUGUUUCUCCAAUAAACGAGUAUGAUUCGUUGGAAGAAGCAUCCGGAAACAAGUAUCUAAAAAAUAGAGCUAAUCAUUCUUAUUCGUCAAGAUACAGCCCAGUCGUAGCUCAAAAAUUAAAAUCGAAUCCUGUCAAUACGAAUAAGCAAAUUAAAAUUCCUAACAAGCCGAGGGUUUUCACUGAUUAUAUUCGAGAACAGCCCUUAAGGUCGUUUUAUUCUGAUCCAAGACUGGCUGUCGAACAGCAACAAAGUUUAAAUAGAAGGGAGGGUGCCAGCAGAAGUAAAAGAGAUAGCAGGCCUCUCUCUAUGUUUGCCUCUAACACUAAAAAGAAGAAGAAGAAGCAACCCCGCCCGCUCUACAGUAUCGAAUACUCUCAACCGGAGCCUCCAAUCCAGGACGAGAGUGUCUCCCCCAAGCCGAUGACUCCACGUCGGGUAAAACGACGUUCAGUAAUUUCGCGCGAUGGAACAAGACGAUCAAGUCGAAGAAGUUCAGUUCGACAAUCUCGAAGAAAAAACCCCGUGAAUCGCAUUAUGGACCACCAAGAAGGCCUAUAUGCAAAUUCUUCGAUUAGCAAUCUCACCAAUCAAAAUGUAACUUCCCUGUCUCAGGGGACUCUAAAUUACGACAGAAUUGCCAACAACUGGGACAGAGACAGACCCUUGAAUUGGCAACCUGAAGCCAUGAACUUGGCUGUUUCCUCGCCAGCUUUGUGGAAUCGGGAAUCCAAUUACACCAACAGUACAAACUUGACGAAUCAAAAUGUACCACACUGGGAUGGUAGCAGUUCGACGAGACAUUUGACAGACAACUGGCAAGGAAAUCAGUUGAAACCUAUGCAGUGGCAAGGCCAAACCGGCCAAAGCAAUCCUACUUUCCAACCAACGAGUACUCAAAAUAUAGCUGGGGAGGAUGUUGAUGAUCUUUAUGGUAAUCGACCUGCGAGUGCCAGGUCGAGUUACAGCAAUUAUCAUGGUGUUAGGGCCACUCCCCAGGUGCCUCAGAGGACUGACAUUGUGAGGCAAAGCCAGAGGCAGUUUGUCCUUAGUGGGCCUCCGGCUUAUCAGGAUACCGUGAUUUGAAAGAAAUUAGUUGUGUAAAAAGGGUACUUAAUUAUGUGUAUAAGUAUUGAGUAGUCAGUAGUUUGUAGAUUGAAGACUAGAGCUGUUCGUUUUCGAACUUUUUUUUCAAUUGAAUUUUAAUACUACUCAGCUGAAAAAUCUUUUUUCAACUGGGCAAUAUUUUCUGUUUGUUUUGUGGAUUUUAAAAUUCAACAAAAAUUUCAUAUUAGUUGAAUUUAGGAAAGUAAUUUUUGUUGAAUUUAUAUUUUGAAAAAUUGCACACAAAGAACAUGUUUUUUGGAUUGAAUAGAAAUUCACACUUUUUGUAAAAGUUGAAUAUGUCGAAUCUGGCGUAUCUUCAGCUUUAAACGAAGAAAUGUGCUAUUAUUCUGCUUUCAUAGAAAAAAAUUAUUUCGUUGUGUUUAGAAAGAAAAAAGAGGGUUAAAUGUACUAUUUUUGAACGCUUUAAACAUCACGAAAACUUUUUUUCUUAUAUAAAAACAAAAUAAUAAUAUAUGUGUUAAUUUCAAGUUAAAGACAUUUUCGGUUGGUAAUGCAGGGCUGCUACAAAACCUGAAUGGUCUGAAAAGUUAUGCAAUUUUCAAAAAGUGACUGGAACUUUUAUAAUCGUCUCUAUUUCAAAGUCAUAAUAAUUUAGUAUUUUUAUAGCGAAUUCUACAUUUGAAAAGUGAAAAAAUAAGGCCUAUAUCAUACAAAGUGUAAGAAUUAAUUGAAAAAAAUGGAAGAUUCAAUUAAAAAAGGAACUGGAAAAUUUUGAAGAAGAAAUUCGUGAACUGAUUAAAU